UUCAAUCAAGUGAUAUAUAUGUGGUUUAGACAAAGCUAGGAAAAAGCCUUCAAGUUUUACGUAACCCUUUGGUUGAAGCAUCCUACAUGGGAAUAUUCUCCCAUAUUACGUGGAUUGCCACAGAACAUUUGUGGAAAUUUUAGAAAAAGUGAAAUAUUCCCUUGCAAAAGUAUUUAACAAGUUUCAAGAAAGCUUGUAAAGAAGAGAGGAUUACAUCUGUUUUUUUUAGGCUCCUAUGGCAGGGCUGAAUUUUGAAGCUGAAUAUGUUGAUAGCUUUGAUGUUCUGAAAGUUUUUGCAGCUGAAGGUGUUGAAUUCCUUUUAUCUUGUGAAGGGAAGGUACCUUUGUCUGAUUGCAAUGGGAAAAACAUCUACCUAUUUUUCUCUGCCAACUGGUGUAGGCCUUGCAAAGUUUUCAUUCCUCAUCUUGUUGAUCUUUAUGAAACACUGAGAAAGAGAGGGAUUAGUAUAGAGAUCAUCUUUAUCUCCUUUGACCGAGAUGAGGAUGGUUUUAAAGAACAUGUUAAGAGUAUGCCGUGGCUAGCUGUCCCAUUUGAUUUAAAUUUGCACAGAAGACUGAUUGACAGAUAUCGGGUUGAUCGAAUCCCGUCAUUCAUUCCAUUAUGUUCUGAUGCCUUAACUGUUGAAGAAAACUUGAUUGAGUUGAUUGAGGAUUAUGGUUCUGAUGCAUUUCCUUUCACAAGAAAGAGACACGAGGAAUUGAAAGCCAUAGAUAAAAGAAAACGUGAAGAAGUAAAUUUGGAAGAAUUAUUGACACGCGAAGGACGCAACUUUCUGAUUUCAGGAGAUGAUAGGAAGGUGCUUGUAUCUGAACUAGCUGGGAAAACCGUAGGUUUAUUUUUUGGCGCCUAUUGGUCUCCUCCUUGCCGUGCCUUUGCCAUUCAACUUGCAGAUGUAUACAAAAAUCUCAAGGAUACAAAAGGCCACUGCCUUGAGAUUGUUUUAAUUUCAACAGAUAGGGACCUUAAAGAAUUCAAUCUCAACAGAAAUAGCAUGCCGUGGCUCGCUAUCCCGUACGAGGACAGAACAAGGCAUGACAUUUGUCGAAUUUUUGAUAUAAAGAAAAUUCCAGCUUUGGUUUUCAUUGGACCAGACGGCAAAGUAAUUAGUUUGAAUGGAAAGUUUAUGGUCUCGUCGUACGGCGCAGAAGCUUUCCCAUUUACUGAAUCAAGGAUAAAAGACUUAGAAGCAGCUCUGAGAAAAGAAGGAAAUGCUUUGCCUCAACAUGUUGAGGAUGUCAAGCAUGAACAUCUACUCAAAUUGGAUAUGGCCAAAGCCUAUGUAUGUGAUAGCUGUAAGAAACAAGGGAAGUUCUGGACAUUCUCUUGUGAUGUUUGUGACUAUGACCUUCAUCCAAGUUGUCUAGAGAAAGUCAACGAAGACCAAAGUUGGUAGAGAAUAGAAUCAUACGAGAUGAUGAGAUACUUUUGUACUCAUGGACUUCAAACUAUCAAACAUAAGAUACUUAUACACUACAUAUAUCUUUUGUUCCUAUCAGUAUGUUUGUUAAAACCUGCUAUCUGAAAGGUAAGUUUUUGUAAGGAAAAGGUCUUAUUAGAAUUACUCUAUUAUUUAAGAUAAGUUUAGGCAAAGCCCUGCCUUUAAAAGGUGUAUGGCAUACAUUUAGUUGAUAAUUUUGAUAUAUAUGACUACUACGUCGUUUUUUUAGUUUCAUAUUGAUCUGUUUAAAUUUUGCA